UUGCGAACUUUCUUUUUUUCUUUCUGUCGUAUAAGAUACAUUUCAGCGUUUACAAGGUCAGCUUUUAGGUCUGAGUACCAAGCAAAGAACAAAACACCAACCUUGAAGAAGUCAAGUGAAAGCGACUUCGUAACACACCGCUCAGAAUCCAGUUCAGAAAUACGGCCCGAAAGCGAACGGCUGCGUGUAGGCAGUCAGAACACGGUGUGCUUUCUUUGUAGAAAGGAAGUUAAAGGUGAUUUCAUCACCUGUCGAAACUGCAGCUGUUGCCUUCACAGCCCGUUGGCAGAGAACUCAGAAUGCCAGAUAAAGCUGAUGAUUGACAGUAAAAACGAAACAACUUGUCCAAAGUGCUCUUGCCGCUUCACUGUUCUGACUACUGCUAGUUCGACAGAAGAGAGUGUCACAAACGGUUAUCUCGUUUGUAUCGUUUGUGACCAGGCAUUAGACAGGGAUGAACGCUCCGAAUCUUAUUGCUCAGACGAAUGCUUGGAAAAUUUGUUGAAGCAGUUAGAAAGCUGCUACCACUGCGAUGACAACGUGACUGUCAAAAAGAUGGGUAAGCGGGGAACUAUCAUUUUUGGAAAGGAAGCGCCAAAGUUAGCAAAUCUAAAACUUUGGCUGAAGGCAAAUCCUACGUAUAUUCCAUUACUGCCCCCACGAUGGGAUGUGAGGAGCAGUUCGGAAAAUUUUAUGAAGGACGAUAAAAUCGCAUUAAAGCAACAUGUGAACGAAUGCGGUAUUCAAGAAACGAAUAAAAAGAAACGAUCUGAGGAUACUGUCAUGAUUUCGGUGCCCAGCUCGCCUGCGACAGUUCAAAACAGAAACAGCAUAAAAAGACACUUAAGCGAUAUCUUAAUGAACAGGGCCAGACUAGCGACUGACGUGCUGAUGGGCAGCGACGAUAUCAAACGGUUGGCAAGUGCUAUAGAAAACGAAAUCUACCGCCACUGUAAAGGGUUUAACGCCGAGUAUAAACAAAAGUUAAAAUUUCUGUCAUCGAACCUCAAAAAUAUGAAGCACAACUCUUUCUUUCGACGUGUGAUCCGUGGUGAACUGACACCAUUGGCGCUCGCUCAAAUGGGUGAGGAGAAAUCAGGUGGCAAGGAUGUGUCCGGCGCCGUACAUUACGCAAAGGAAACCAAGAACUGCAGCUUAUCAUCGACUGACAGUGCAUGCGACCAAUAUGGUUUGCUCGAUACCACCGCCAAGCACAAAUCUCAUUUGUUCGACCUGAAUUGCAGAGUUUGCACCGGUCUUGCGAAAGACUUGCGGCCCGCUGAAGAAAAGUUGUCCAGAAGUCACCAGAUUAGCCAAAAACAAGAAGAAUCAAGUUCGCCCGAUGACAAGUCGACUGAUCGCGCGUCAUGUGAUAGCAAAUCGGAUCAUACCCGUGAUGUACAUUCUGAAACUUGCGUUCAUCGGACGGACGCCCUCAACUUGACUAGCGACAGUGUUAGUCUGGCACCGGUUGUUGCACAUCAUUCCUCAUCUUUCUCGGCUUGCUCGGAGUCGGUCGACGCAAAGAGACCAACGCCGAAAAGGGUUACCGUCGUGAAGCCGUUGUGUGACCACGCAACGACGCCGAUUGAGCUUAAGAGCGGUGAUUUUUUUUGCGACACCGUGUGGUCUGGAACCUUGGACAUGCCCAGCUAUUUGACGUUCGACACUACUAUCGAACCGGUGUCUGGACCGGCAGGCCUAUUGAAGGGCGCUCUCUGUCCAAAGUUGACGAUAAUCGGUCGAAUUCCGUCAGUAAUCGUCUACAACUACGUUACUCAGGUUCAGCGCUGGGCCGGCCAUUACCUUAUUGUUGUUCGCUUCGCUGAACCAUUCAUUGUUGAAGACCGAAACCGCUACCACGAUCUCUACAACAACAUGGUCCUUAAGGAUAAGUACUGUGUGAUAGAAACCAAGGGUCUACCAGUGGUAAAAGACUUUUACAUCUUGCCGCUGGCUGCUGAAGAUACUCCACAUCCAUCUUUACUUCCAUUCACUGGACCAGGGUUGCACGAUACUGGCCGCAAUGUGAUUCUAGGCAUACUUAUUCGUCACAUAUCAGCUCCAGCUAUAUAUGACGACGUCAGACUUCUUUCUUCAGCGAGUGGCGAUACCAGAACUGUUUCUUCAUUACCAUGUACAUCGAAGGAUGGUGGCCAACAGAAGACGGACGUCAAAUUUCACCCGCUUCGUAUACGAUCAAGCAUGGACCACAUUUCGCUAGGUCGCAGACCAUCAGACAGUGUCGCUGGCAUUCCUUGUCUGAAAUCUCCAUCUGGAUCUUCCAAGUCCAGUACCGCAUCUUCCGCAGGGACCUCUGGUGCUGAUUCCGUCAUAAACGCGACCAUGAGCUCUUUGGCUAAAACGCUUAACGACUGGGUGCCUGCAAAUCCACCGCCUCCCGUACCAAAACCGCCGAUAAACUCUAGGCAUGAUGGAAUUGAUACGCGCUUAAAGGAUAAGCAAAAGAAUCGAACGAAGAGGUCAGUAUCAGUCGAAAGUCAUUCCGAAGAAGCGAUCCCAUUUCCAACAAGCAUGAACGAAUGGAUGGCUUUGAUGUCAUCCAUGAUGUUCUCUAUGCUUCAGACGACACCGCCUUGUUGGCCACCAACCAGUUCUGCUUCAGCUGCAACUCCACCUGCUCCAUUUGUCGUGCGACCACCAGUACCCCGGCUUCCUGUCCCGGUAAGAAACCCUAAUCCGAACACGCCGUUACCCGUGAUGCCUGCCCCGUCGCCGUAUUACAUUCCUGUUGUACCGUCUAUUCGCCCACCGAUGUCAGUGCCGGUUGCGGUACCACCUUUCCUUCCUCGUGCGGUUCGCCCCUCAACGACUUUCCCGGUCGGUCCAAACCUUCAGAAUAAUAUCCUUGAAGAAGGAGAGAUCAGAGACGAAGACGAGAGUGACACUGCUCACAAUAUCGCCAAACGCAGCCGACUCGCAUAUGACGAACCUGCGAGCAGGAGCACAAGGUCCGUGGAUGUUGUACGACCGCCAGCUGCUGUCUUUCCAAAGAUUGUUCAGCCACCGCAGCAACAACCUCCAACUUUGCCAGCCUUGCCACCAAAUUUCCCGAUGCUGCGUAUGCGACCGCCGCCGUUUUUCGAUUUCACCCGUCCUCCACCACCGAUUCCACGUGCUCGCUUCCAGGAACCCGUGAAUUUUGCACGUUUUCGGCUGCCAAAUGUUCCUGUAACGGCCAGUUUUGGUCCGACUGGAGUCCGUCCGCCGCCGAACAUUGCGAAAUACGGUGAACAUCGAUGA